AUGAGUUUGGACAAGAAACCUGUUGAUGGAAGUACUAUCCAGGCUCUAGGAGAAGCUUUGGCAGCAUGGUUGUCACGAUUUCAUGAGUGGUCACGGGAUGUCUCAAAGCCAAAUUUGUUAGAUGUCGUUCGACUCAACACUGAUUCACUUGGAAAGGAUCUCAGUGCCAACAAGCUUCGAUCAGUUGAGAGACAAUGCAAAGAUGAAAAAGUGGUUCGCUACGCCUCGCAGAUCUUGAAUCCAACCCCGCACUCCCAAGACUGUCUGGGCUCGCCUUCCCAAUCCGUUACUGAGCCACCAAAAUGUUACCUGUCAGUGGUUGAUUGGGAAACUUGCAGCUUUGCAGAUUUUACUCGAGAUAUCGCGAACAUGAUCGCUGAUCUAUACAUUAAAUACCACUGUAGUGGUAAUGAUCAGAUCCUGACUUUACUCGAAGCAUUUGUCGCGCACUAUCCUGUUGCCAGUCAGGAUUCUGUCUAUCGAAUUGUGGGUCAGGUGGGAGAGAAUUUCUUCCACUGGCGCAUCUAUGUCCCAGAGAAUCAUACACAGACGCAUGUCGAUGAGGUUCUUAAUCUUGGCGUUGAACUGAUAAUCAUGGGCAUGGAAAAGGAUCGCCAGAGAAUCGGCAAGACAUUUCUAAACUGUCUGUUUAUUUGA